CUCGGGCGCUCGAAGAGUUCACACACUCUUACCUUCCUCCAUCAUGGUUCCUUCAAGGUUGAGACAGAAGUUCGAGCGCUUCCGAAUCCUCAUCAUAGGAAGAGCGAAUGCAGGGAAGACCACCAUUCUCCAGAGGGUUUGCCAGACAAGGGACAACCCAGUAAUAUAUGACAGUGCCGGGAAACAGAUCGAUGCAUCCGUUUUGGCGGCAUCCAGAGAGCGCGGAGUGCACGAUAUCGAAAAUGAAAUGGUGUUUCGAACCAACCCGGGAUUCGUCUUUCACGAUUCACGCGGAUUUGAAGCGGGAGGACAAUCUGAAUUCAACAGGGUGGAGGCUUUUAUCGCAAGCCGUUCUAAGAAACGAGCUUUAAACGAUCGAAUCCAUCUCAUAUGGUACUGCAUUCCAAUGGAUGAGGAUGGCAGGUCUUUCACGGAAGCGGAAGCCAAGUUUUUCUCUCAGUGUGACACUGGAAGCGCUCCAGUAAUAGUGUUGUUUACUAAAUUCGACGCCCUCUAUGAUGAUAUACAUGCAGAGCUAAUGAGUAAAGGAGUAUCGAGGAAAGAUGCUGACGGACUGGCCCCGAAGCACGCCAGAGAGUCAUUUGCCAACGGGCCACAACUAAAGCUUUUGUACAGCCGCAAGGGCAACCAACGUCCUCCAAAAUGUCACAUAUGUCUACCUGAUAUGGACAAGGAUGAUGCAGACUGCACGCCGCUCAUUAAACACACGGCUGAAACUUUGGACAAUGAUAUGCUCAGACAGCUGUUUGUCUCCACUCAGCGGACCAACUUGGAGGUGUGCAUCAGAGACGCAGUCGAAAGGUGA